AUGUCGUACAUUGUUCCUCGAGAGAAAAAGGACGACGCUCCAACCCAGGAGGCUGAUGAUGACCCUGUCUUUGACCAGACGCCAGUGAAGGUGGCAUGUCCUCAUUGUCGUGUUCAGAUCACUACCUUCAUUGAACAUGAAAGUAGCUGGGUUACCUUGGCAGUGUGUAUCGUUUUGUUUUUGGUCCUGAACUGGGCAGCGAUUUGCAUAGUGCCAUUGGUCUAUCCACUCUUCAAGGAUGUGGUGCAUCACUGCCCGCGGUGUCUGCGAGUGCUGUCGACCCGCUCCAGAGUGCUUCUACCCAAACUCAGCGAUGAGGUGAUGUCCUUCCGCAUUGGUAGCUGCGCUAUGGUGCUUGCCCGGAAGUAUGUCUUCGCCCUGGUUGCAAUGACGUGUCUCAUCGGCAGCAUCCAUUGGGUGAGGAGAGGAAGUGCACCAGCCACCGGAAUCGAUGCCGCGGAACGAACAGAAGUGGCCGACCUACGAUGGGAGGACUUCUUGAAGGACUGUGGCUACAAGACCUACUUAGGGAACCCCAUCCACGUAACGGUUGCCUUUAAUGAGAAGUUCAAGAACAAGACCCUGAGUUGGCAAGGCAAAUUGCACCGCAUUGAAGAGGGAUUCAGCUUUCUGGGUUUCUCCCAGCCCACUGCAGUUUUCGUUGAUAUGGAGCCACCUCAGCCGCUUCCCAUGAAGCGAGAAUCUGCAGAUGUGGUGCUUCUAUAUAAAGAUAAUGUGGAGCUGUCGUCCACGAUGCGAAAAGUGAAAAGAGGACAGAAGUUUGACUUCACUGCCACCAUGCUGGAGGUCGGCAAGCGUGGCUCACCCCAUGUCUUGGCGCUCUGGGAUGCUGUGCCCAGGCUCAUAGAGGGCAAAGACGCGGCCGCAAAUGCCUCGCACACUGCCUUGUCCUUGCGGGCAGAGCGCCAGAAGGAACCAAACCUUGAAAGUGUUGUACCAAAGGCCAAAGCGUCCAGGAGACGAUGGCAUGAGGCCUUCGUGAAGGCGGCGUCAGGUAGCUAUCGCAGCUACCGCUUGAAGCUGCGGAGCCAUGCGGUGAGAACGAUCCAGCGUCAGAUGCAGAGCAACUUGACGUGGGAAGACUGGCAGUCCGCUUUUCACUUCUGGAAGGAGUACAAUUCCAUGGCAAAAAAGGAGAAAGGACAACCUGCCUGGCACGAGGAGCCGUCAUCCUUGGUGCUCCCGCAAGUGCGCACUUCUCCAACCCGAACUUGGGCUACGGAAGCAGCUGUGCAAAGGAAAGCCUUGCAGCCACGAGCCAAUGGCAGGGAGGCUGCUGCAGCGCUACAAGUAGAGGUGCAGCUGCGCAGUAAGGAGCGCCUGCGACUAAUGAUUCGCACGGGGCAGAUGGAGAAAGCGAAGCAGGCUAAGGUGGUGAAAGGUCGCUGUUUGCCCAGGCCUUCUAAGGAGGCAGAGGCGCGACGAGCUCUGGAAAAUGUCGUUGAGAGGCGCCAGGAUUCCCAGGCUCGCAUGGAGCGGCUUCAACAAGUUCACAGCCCAGCGCUGGACUUUUUUUUUCCUUUGCUGUGGGAUUCCACAGCACGGCCAGGUUUGGCCUUUACGCGCAGAGCGCCAGAAGGAACCGCGGCUGAAUCCGCCAAUCCCAAAGACGAGACAGGCUCCUUGACAGUCGAUUCUAUCUUGGUGCAGGAGGACACGCAGACGCUAGAUGAAGCCAUCAGUGCUUUAAAAGAGGCGUUAUAUGAACCGCCUCCACCUCCACAACCCAAAGCUCGCCCGCGAAAGUCCAGGCCUCCGGAGAACAAGUCCAGCGUUGCCGCGCUACAACGACAGCAAACGUUGGAGCAACCGGAAAAGCCGCGGGCUCCGGAGUUUGGGGAGACGCUUCUUUUCUGGAAGGAGUACGACUCCAAGCCUUACGAACAGAAAGGUCUUCCAGCUUGGCACGAGGAUUCGCAGACCCCCCGUGGCGUCACGCCGGUGCCAGCCACCCCGCGGGUGGCGGUGCCUGCCUCCCCGCGGGUGGCGGUGCCUGCCUCCCCGCGGGUGGUGCCGCCGCCCCGAAACCGGGACUGGGGAAAGGAGGCAGCAGUGCAGAGGCGUGUGGUGGCCCGAGAGCAUGCCGAUUGGCCAGGCAAUUCCCAGCUGUCUGUGGACUUCGAGGUGCAGUUGCGGAGCAAGGAGAGACUGCGACAUAUGCUGCGGACAGGGCAGAAGGAACGGGUGAAGAAGGAGCUGGCCGCCUCCCUACCACUGGUUGUGGAACAAGACGAGGAGCGAAGACCUUCAAUGAAGCUCGACAGCUCUUCGGAGGACGGCCAGACCAAGCGACUAAAGAACAAGGUGGCAGCCAGCGAGCCCAAGAAGCGUCAAGGCGACGCAGCUGAAGCACUGCGGAUGAUGACCUUUCAGCGUAACGAGCUGUUGAAGGCACGCCGAGCUCUUGAGCAAGUUGUCGACAGGAGGCGAGAGUCUGAUAAGAUUAUGGACAAGCUUAAGCAGGUCUUGGCCAAGUACAAAAAGCCUAAGCCAGCGGUGGACAGUGCGAUUGCUGAUGCCAUCCAUGAGCAGUUCCACCUCCGAGAGCGAUCGGCCAUUGACAAAGCUUGA